AUGAAGUGUGUUCACUGGAUUCGUUUGUGUGUUCUACUACUUGUCUUGAAUACUAGUUCAGAAGAGCUCACCAUUUCGAGCUCUUGUCCCACUCAUUGUGGAAAGGUCUCGAUACCGUACCCUUUUGGGAUCGGAAAGGAUUGCUACCUCAACCCCUCGUACGAAGUCCAAUGCAACCAGUCUACCUCCGUCCCGUAUCUGCCUAGUAUAAAGAAAGAAGUGGUGCAAAUCGACCAUCCGAGACCAGUAAAUAUUUACGGGUCGUCCUUUCCGCAUGGAACACUCCGCAUCAAAACGGAAAUAACUUCUGUGGGGUGUUCUGGGGCGAAUGGACAAAACUUGAAAGAGCUUCUGAAUUUCACGGGAACCCCCUUUUCCAUCAGCGAAAAUAACACACUCGUGUCUUUUGGGUGCAACAGCAAGGCUACACUAACGAAUAUUGAUCCCAGAAUUGUUGGAUGCGUCUCCAUUUGUGAUAUAGAUCAUGACCUAAUACUACAAAUUUACUCAAAAACAAGCUGCUCUGGCUAUAGAUGCUGCAAUGCAAGUACACCUGCAGACGUCGGUCGAGUAAUUGGCGUGAAAAUAGAGAGCAACGACGGUAACGAAACAAGACAAGAGUGCAGUGUAGCGUUCUUAACCGAUGAAUAUGGCCAACCCUCACUGUGGCCCAACAGAACUGAUGCGAAAAAGCUUCACGCUGGGAAAUAUGCUACAAUUGAGCUAAAGUGGCAAGUUAUUACGUCUAAUCUUUCGUUUGAAGAAUCCUUGGGGUGCCGCCAAAACCGUUACGACUUUUACUCUAACCCUUGCUACUGCGAGUGGGUAGCCAGUGAUAAGCUGCUCUACGUAGGAUGUGCUUGUAUGAAUGGUUACGAGGAUGUUGAUGAGUGUAAACAGCUCAAAGAUGAUGGACGUCCCGGCCUUUGUACUAAAAGCGGCGAAAUUUGUCAGAACAUUCCGGGUGCCUAUCGAUGUGUGCCCAAGAAGAGUAAAACAUUAGCAAUCUAUAUAGGGGUCAGCAUAGGUUUGACAGUGUUAGUGGUGGGCGUUGGAAUAUGGCUAUACAUCGUUAUUAAGAAGUAUAGAAAGACCAACCGCAUGAAAAAGUUCUUUAAGCGAAAUGGAGGUCUUCUGUUGCAGCAACAAUUGGCCUCAAGAGAAGGCUACGUAGAGAAAGCAAUUGUAUUCAGCUCUAAAGAAUUGGAGAAAGCUACAGAGAACUUCAGUUUAGACAGAGUGCUUGGUCAUGGUGGGCAAGGAACAGUGUUCAAAGGGAUGCUUGCUGAUGGUAGGAUCGUAGCGGUAAAGAAAUCUAAGGUCGUGGAUCAAGAUAAGCUCGAAGAGUUCAUAAACGAAGUUUGCUUACUCUCUCAGAUCAACCACCGCAACAUCGUGAAUAUAUUAGGAUGCUGUCUUGAAACAGAGGUGCCCCUGCUUGUUUACGAGUUCAUUCCCAACGGAAACCUUUUCCAACUUCUUCAUGAAGAGGAUGAUCACGCAUUAAUCACGUGGGAGUUACGUGUGCGAAUUGCCAUAGACACCGCGGGAGCUCUCUCCUACCUUCACUCGGCUGCGGCAUCUCCGAUUUAUCACAGAGACAUAAAAUCUGCAAACAUACUGUUAGAUGAGAAUUACCGAGCCAAGGUUUCGUAUUUUGGAACUUCACGGUCUAUAAGCGUUGAUCAAACUCACCUGACAACUGCGGUUAUAGGUACUCCAGGAUAUGUUGAUCCCGAGUACUAUCAAUCCAGCCAGUUUACGGACAAGAGCGACGUCUACAGUUUUGGAGUUGUGCUUGUUGAGCUCAUCACUGGCGAAAAACCUGUUUCUUUCCAGCGGUUUGGGGAAAACAGAACAUUGGCCGCUUACUUCAAUCUCGCCGUAAGAGAGAAUAAAGUUUUCGACAUUAUAGAUUCUCGAAUAAGAAAUGACUGUAAGCUCGGACAAGUCAUGGUUAUCGCAAACCUCGCAAAAAGGUGUCUGAAUCUUAGCGGAAGGAAGAGACCAACCAUGACUGACGUUUGGUUGCAAUUAAAGAGUUCCAGACAUGGAGAUCUACAAACAGAGGUUGAGGUUAACACUAGCGAUGAUGAUGAUGACAAUUAGCGUAGUGAUCACUUUCCAUUGUAAUAAAUUUCGGUAAGUAAAACAUAUUGUGUAGUUUUGACGUGGCA